AUGCAGGCCAUCUCAAUCACCACUACCAGCUCUCCCUACAUCCCACAGGGGCCGCUCUGCUACCUUCUCAGCCCCCGUCUGCCCAGCCUAGACCUGCACAUUUAUCCUGCUCCUGGCGGUGGCACUUCCAUCCCCCGCCCCCCACUUGGCCUUCUCUUUCAGAAGGAUCCGGAAGGUGGAUCCUGCCCCAGGGGACAUCAGGAAGGGAUGCGGCUGCUGCUGCUGCUCGUGCUGUGGGGAGCACCCCUAGCUCAGCGCCUGGAACUGCAGCAGAAUGUGACCGUGCUGGAGGGCCUGUGCAUCCUCCUACCCUGCACCUUUCCCCAUCCCCGGGUUUCCUUUGGAAAGAUCUACAUGUUUUGGUUCCGGGAAGGGGCAGAUACAAAAUGCGAUCCCCUGGUGGCCACGAACAAGCCGGAAGAGAAGCUGCGUGAGGGGACCCAGGGGCGAUUCUCCCUCCCCGGGGAGCCCCAGGCCAGAAACUGCAGCCUGAGCAUCACUGAUGUCAAUGCAGGGGACAGUGGGACAUACUUCUUUUGAGUCGAGACACACUUCAGAAAAUUCCCAUAUCUAAACAAGAUGUUCUUUCUGAACGUGACAGCACUCACCCACCAGCCCCACGUCCUCAGCCCGGGGGCCCUGGAGCCCGGCCGCCCCGGGAACCUGACUUGCUCCAUGCCCUGGGCCUGCGAGGGGGCCACGCCCCCCAUCUUCUCCUGGACGUCAGCUGCCCCCAGCUCCCAGGGCCCCAGGACCCCCUUCUCGUCAGUGCUCACCCUCACCCCACGGCCCCAGGACCAACCCCUCAAGAUUCUGCAGAACACCUCGUCCCUUCCUGUCCAGGAGGGCCAGGAGCCGCGGCUGCUGUGUGUUGCUGACAGCAACCCCCCUGCACAACUGAGCUGGUUCCGGGGGUCUCCCGCCCUGGAGGUCACCCUCUCCAGCACUGGGGACCUGGAGCUGCCUCGUGUAGGGGCAGCAGAAGAAGAAGUGUUCACCUGCCAGGCUCAGAACCCGCUGGGCUCCCAAAAUAUCUCCCUGAGCCUCUCCGUGGUCUGUAAACCACAGCCCAGGGCCGGCAAGGUCCUGGGAGCAGUCGGGGGAGCUAGCGUCACGGUCCUGCUUUCUCUCUGCCUGUAUCUCCUCUUCAGGUGAUAGACCCGCAGAAAGACCCAGCCGGUACAAAGCAUGGAUGACACGAACCACGCCGUGGGCUCCGGCUCCAGGGUGAGACAGCACCGUAGUUGGAAAGAACUGGUUUCGAACCACCCUGCCCCCGCUGGGGCUGGCCCCAUCUCAAGAAAUGAGCAAGAGCCUCACUAUGCUUUCCUCCGAUUUCACAAGCCGAAGCCUCAGAAACAGGAAGGCACUCACACUGAAUACUCAGAGAUCAAGAUACACAAGUGAGGAAAUCUUCUCUCAUGGUCUGGAGCCUGGAAGUCUGAGAUCAAGGUGUCGGCAGGCUUGGUUCCCUUUGAACCCUCUCUCCUUGGCUUGGAGACAGUUGUCUUCUCCCCGUGUCCUCACACAGUCUCCCCGCUGUGUGUUUCUGUGUCCUAAUUCAUUCUUGUUAUAAGAACACGAAUUUUCAGUCUGUAACACUCAGCCUCCAAUCAUUUAAAAACAAAUGGCCUUCUUGGCAGUGGUCAGAGUUCCCUGGUAUGGGUGG